CUCACGCCCUUGCGAGGGAAUGCACGGUAGGAGAGAAGCCCGGGAGGAGGCGGACGCUGGGAGGACAGGGAAGCCUGGAGGCCUGGAGGCCCAGAGCGGAGCCUGAAAUUGGGAAUGCAGGGUUUGGAGCGUGGAAGGGAGGACUGAGGUCCCCGAGGGCUCGCCCUCGCCGCAUCCCGGGCUGAGUAUCCGACUCCCAGGCAGCCCCGGGUCAAUUACGGUGCCAUCCGUCCCCCUUCCCCCUUCCCCAGUGAUUGCAAAGCUCGCCUGUCCCGGCCUCCCGGCUCCACAGGAAGCCGGGUCAGCCCAAGGUGCAUUCGAUCUGCCUGCCAUCUUCCACAGUUAGGGGUUCUUCUCGGGAGCUGCAUCUUUUGGGGAUCAGACCCUGUUACCUGUUCGCAUAUCUGUCUACCCCAGCCAUGGCAAGUGAGAGUUCCCCACUACUAGCUUACCGGCUUAUUGGGGAAGAAGGAGCUACAUUUUUGCCAUAUGGGAUGGGCGGUGCAGGAGGUGGGGCCCUCCGGAAACUCUCCACCUUCCUCGGUGUUGUAGUGCCCACUGUCCUCUCCAUGUUCAGCAUUGUGGUCUUCAUGAGAAUAGGAUUUGUGGUAGGCCAUGCUGGACUGAUCCAGGCUUUGGCCAUGCUGCUGAUUGCUUACUUCAUCUUGGUAUUGACUGUCCUAUCUGUUUGUGCCAUCGCCACCAAUGGAGCUGUGCGUGGGGGUGGAGCUUACUUUAUGAUCAGCAGGACAUUGGGUCCUGAGUUUGGAGGAAGUAUUGGGCUAAUGUUCUUCCUGGCCAACGUCUGUGGCUGUGCUGUCUCUGUGCUGGGGCUGGUGGAAGCAAUACUGGAUGUCUUUGGGGCUGAUGCAUCAGGGCCAGCAGGGAUCCGAGUGUUUCCCCAAGGCUAUGGCUGGAAUCUGCUGUAUGGAACAAUGUUAUUGGGCCUGGUGGGUGGGGUCUGUACUUUGGGAGCUGGCCUCUAUGCACAAGCCUCCUUCCUUACAUUCCUGCUGGUCUCUGCCUCCUUGGCCUUGGUACUCAUCAGCUUUGUGGCUGUGGGGCCCCGAGAUGUCACCCUCCCCCUUAGGCCAGGCGCCAAUGGUUCCUCAACAACCCCCCAGCUGGGCCACUUCACUGGCUUCAACAGUAGCACCCUGAAAGCCAACUUGGGUGCGGGCUAUGCCCAGGAUUAUACCACCGGGGCUACCAUGACUUUUGCUAGUGUGUUUGCUGUCCUCUUCAAUGGCUGCACAGGCAUCAUGGCUGGGGCCAACAUGUCAGGGGAGCUGAAGGACCCCAGCCGAGCUAUCCCUUUGGGCACUAUUAUUGCUGUGGUGUAUACAUUCUUCAUCUAUGCUUUGCUGUUCUUCUUCUCCAGCUUUACCUGUGACAGGACAUUGCUGCAGGAAGACUAUGGCUUCUUCCGAGGCAUCAGCCUGUGGCCUCCAAUGGUGCUAAUUGGGGUGUAUGCCGCAUCACUCUCUGCCUCCAUGAGUUCACUCAUCGGUGCCUCACGUAUUCUCCAUGCCCUGGCACAGGAUGACCUUUUUGGGCUAAUUCUGGCUCCAGCAAAAGUUGUGUCCCAGGGAGGGAACCCUUGGGGAGCUGUGUUGUAUUCCUGGUGUCUAGUGCAGGUGAUGCUUCUGGUUGGGAAGCUCAACACCCUGGCAGCUGUGGUCACAGUGUUCUACCUGGUUGCCUAUGCUGCUGUGGAUCUUUCAUGCCUGAGCCUUGAGUGGGCAUCGGCCCCUAACUUCCGCCCCACUUUCAGCCUGUUCUCCUGGCAUACCUGCUUGUUAGGCAUGGCCUCUUGCCUGCUCAUGAUGUUCCUCAUCAGCCCAGGAGCUGCAGGUGGAUCUUUGCUGCUCAUGGGGCUGCUUUCUGCCCUGCUCACUGCCCGAGGAGGGCCUAGCAGCUGGGGCUAUGUCAGUCAAGCCCUGCUGUUCCACCAGGUUCGAAAGUACCUGUUGCGGCUGGAUGUGCGGAAGGAUCAUGUAAAGUUCUGGCGCCCACAGCUACUUCUGUUGGUGGGAAACCCAAGAGGGGCACUACCCUUGCUACGCCUGGCCAAUCAGCUGAAAAAGGGUGGCCUCUAUGUGCUGGGUCAUGUCAGCUUGGGAGACCUUGAUUCUCUGCCCUUGGACCCUGUGCAGCCCCAGUAUGGGGCAUGGCUGAGUCUUAUAGAUCGUGCUCAAGUGAAGGCUUUUGUGGACCUUACUCUUUCACCUUCUGUGCGGCAAGGGGCCCAGCAUCUACUGCGUAUUUCUGGUCUUGGUGGCAUGAAGCCCAACACAUUGGUCCUAGGAUUCUACGAUGAUGCACCACCUCAAGACCACUUCCUAACAGACCCAGCCUUCUCCGAGCCAGUGGAGGGAGGGGGGCCUGCCCUGGACUCCUUGUUCCCUCCACCACGAGCACCUGGCAGUCCUCGGGCACUCACCCCCCAUGACUAUGUGGCCACAGUGGUAGAUGCUCUAAAAAUGAACAAGAAUGUUGUGCUAGCUCGAGGGUGUGGGGCAUUGCCACCUGAGCGGCUAUCACGGAGCUUUGGGAGUUCCUCCCAGUCUCACCAUGUGGACGUGUGGCCCCUUAACUUGUUGCGGCCCAAAGGGAGCCCUGGUUACGUGGAUGUCUGUGGCCUCUUCCUCUUGCAGAUGGCAACUAUCCUGAGCAUGGUACCUGCCUGGCAAAGUGCCAAACUUCGGAUCUUCCUGUGUCUGGGACCUCAGGAAGCUCAUGGGACUGGUGAGGCAAGGCUCCGGGUAUUGCUGAAUCAGCUUCGGAUCCGGGCAGAAGUUCAGGAGGUGGCCUGGGGUGAAGGAGCCAGAAUAGAUGAGGGAGAAGAUGAGGAGAACUUUGUGAAUGGAAGCCGUGGAGAUGCCGAGGCUGAUGCACUAGCCAUCAGUGCCAAUGCCCUGAUUAGGGCACAGCAGACCAAUGGCAGGGGUGAGGGCCCAGGGGGGCCUGAAGGGGAUCAUAGGAAGGAGGGGCCAACUACAGCCCUUACCUUCCUCUACCUGCCACGGCCACCUGCUGACCCUGCCCGCUAUUCCCGAUACUUAGCUCUCUUGGAGAUGCUAAGCCAGGACCUGGGUCCAACAUUGCUCAUCCAUGGGGUCACUCCAGUAACCUGCACUGAUCUUUGACUUUCCUCCUCUUCUUUAGGAGGAACUGAGGAGGGGAUGAUUAGGUCUGCUUUCCCAUCUCAAUCAUGUGGUCUCUAUUUGAGAUUCAAAGAGGAGGUUAGUUUGGGUUUGCCUCCUAGGGCCAAAAUCCCAGGAAGGAUAUUAAAUGGAUCAUUUUAAGGGGCUUAACUUCUGUCUCCAAUGUGGGAAGGCCCCUUCUGCACUGAUGGGGGGGGAAGCUGUGCCCCUUUAAAUUAUGAAUGUGUGUGGAAGGGAACUCAGCUUUCCCACUUCAAACCCACUUUGCUUUCACUUCACUGGUGCCUUGUUAGGAGGGGCAGGUUCUCCUCACCUUGGGUUUCUGUUCUUUAGCCUACCUCACCCUGAUCCCUUAUUUCUGACACUCACUAGCCUUCCAAGGCUUUUUGUAUUUUAAACUUUUAUGCUUGCCAUGAAUAAAAGACCAACACGUUA